CGCUCUUUAAUGUUCAGGGAGAACUUGGAGAAGGUGGGAAUCUUUACACUUCAGCCACCAUGUCUGGAAUCGGCAAUAAACGGACAGCAGGAGAGCCUGGCCCUUCUGCACCUCCAGAGAAGAAGGCAGGGGUUGAAGAUUCAGGCACCACUGUGGAGACCAUCAAACUCGGUGGUGUUUCUUCAACGGAGGAGCUGGACAUCCGGACCCUGCAGACCAAGAACCGGAAGCUUGCAGAGAUGCUCGACCAGCGCCAGGCCAUCGAAGAUGAGCUGCGGGAGCACAUUGAGAAGCUGGAGCGUCGGCAGGCCACCGACGAUGCCUCUCUGCUGAUCAUAAACCGGUACUGGAAUCAGUUUGAUGAAAAUAUCCGCAUCAUCCUGAAACGCUUUGACCUGGACCAAGGUCUUGGAGACCUCUUGUCUGAAAGAAAAGCACUGGUGGUGCCAGAACCUGAACCAGACUCUGACAGUAAUCAGGAGCGCAAAGAUGAGAGGGAACGAGGGGAAGGAUUGGAGCCGGCAUUCUCUUUCCUGGCCACUCUAGCCAGCAGUACCAGUGAGGAGAUAGAAUCUCAGCUGCAGGAGCGUGUGGAGUCCUCCCGCCGUGCUGUUGCCCAGAUUGUGACAAUGUAUGACAAGCUGCAGGAGAAGGUGGACGUGCUGUCUCACAAACUGAAUAGUGGAGAUAUUUCACUGAUGGAAGAAGCAGUAGUGGAGCUGAAUACCUACCUGUCACAGGAGAAUGGACGGCUGCAGGAACUGGCUGAUGUUCUUCAGGAGAAGCACAGAGUCAUGUCUCAGGAGUUCUCCAAGCUGCAAGAGAGGGUGGAGACAGCAGAAUCCAGAGUGUCUGUCCUGGAGACCAUGAUUGAUGACCUUCAGUGGGACAUUGACAAGAUCCGCAAGAGGGAGCAGAGGCUCAACCGCCACCUGGCUGACGUCCUGGAACGAGUAAACUCCAAAGGCUACAAGGUGUAUGGAGCUGGGAGCAGCCUCUAUGGAGGAACAAUCACCAUUAAUGCCCGCAAGAAUGAAAAGCUCAAGGUUGAGCUUCGACGAGCAGUGGAAGAGGCUGUGAAGGAGACGCCGGAAUAUCGCUGCAUGCAGUCCCAGUUUUCCGUUUUGUAUAACGAGAGUCUCCAGCUGAAGGCACACCUUGAUGAGGCCCGCACGCUGCUGCACGGCACCCGCACCACGCACCAGCGCCAAGUGGAACUGAUUGAGAGGGAUGAGGUCAGCCUUCACAAGAAGCUACGCACGGAGGUGAUUCAGCUGGAGGACACCCUGGCACAAGUCCGCAAAGAAUAUGAGAUGUUGAGGAUAGAGUUUGAACAGACGCUUGCUGCCAAUGAGCAAGCAGGCCCCAUUAAUCGGGAGAUGCGUCACCUCAUCAGCAGCCUCCAGAAUCACAACCACCAGCUGAAGGGAGAGGUGCUGAGAUACAAGCGCAAACUGAGAGAGGCCCAGUCUGACCUCAGCAAGAUCCGCUCUCGCAGUGGCAGUUGUCUCCUCCAGUCCCAGUCCAGCACUGAAGACACAAAGGAGGAACCCGCAGAGAUCAAGCAGGAGCCUGAUGAUCCUUCUGCCCAAGUGUCUGUUCCCAAGGCUGCUUCUGAAGAUAUUAAUGAGAUGAAGGCCAGGAGAGAUGAAGAAGAACGGGAGCGGGAGAGACGGGAAAGGGAGAGGGAAAGAGAGAAGGAAAAGGAGAAGGAGAAAGAGAGGGAGCGAGAAAAAGAGAAAGAGAAGGAAAAGGAACGAGAGCGGGAAAAGCAGAAGCAGAAGGAAUCAGAGAAGGAGAGAGAGUCCAAAGAGAAGGAGAAAGGGAAGCAUGAAGACGGGCGAAAGAAGGAGGCUGAAGUGAUCAAGCAGCUGAAGGCUGAGCUCAAGAAGGCCCAGGAGAGCCAAAAGGAGAUGAAGCUGUUGCUAGAUAUGUACCGCUCUGCCCCCAAAGAGCAGAGAGACAAAGUGCAGCUCAUGGCAGCUGAGAAGAAGGCAAAAGCUGAGCUUGAAGAACUGAGGCAGAGGGUGAAAGAAUUGGAAGACAAGGAAAAAAAGGAGAGUAAGAAGAUGGCUGAUGAGGAUGCCCUCCGCAAGAUCCGAGCAGUGGAGGAGCAAAUUGAAUAUUUACAGAAGAAACUUGCCAUGGCUAAGCAGGAGGAAGAGGCCCUGCUGUCAGAAAUGGAUGUCACAGGCCAAGCCUUUGAAGACAUGCAAGAGCAGAACAUCCGCCUGAUGCAGCAGCUGCGGGAGAAGGAUGAUGCCAACUUCAAGCUGAUGUCAGAACGUAUCAAGUCCAACCAGAUCCAUAAAUUGCUGAAAGAGGAAAAGGAGGAGCUGGCAGACCAAGUUUUGACACUGAAAACACAGGUGGAUGCCCAGCUGCAGGUUGUACGUAAGCUGGAGGAGAAGGAACACUUACUGCAGAGCAGCAUUGGAACAGGAGAGAAGGAGCUGGGUCUGCGAACACAGGCCCUGGAGAUGAACAAACGCAAGGCCAUGGAUGCAGCCCAGCUUGCAGAUGAUCUGAAAGCUCAGCUAGAGCUGGCUCAGAAGAAGUUACAUGAUUUUCAGGAGGAGAUUGUGGAAAACAGAGUAACUAGAGAGAAGGAGAUGUUCAACUUCAAAAGGGCUGAGGAAGAUAUUUCUAGGUUGCGCAGGAAGUUGGAGACCACAAAGAAGCCUGACAUGGUUCCCAACUGUGAUGAGAUCCUGAUGGAGGAAAUCAAGGAUUACAAGGCCCGCCUGACGUGCCCGUGCUGCAACAUGCGCAAGAAGGACGCGGUGCUCACCAAGUGCUUCCACGUCUUCUGCUUCGAGUGCGUGAAGACGCGCUACGACACCCGGCAGCGCAAGUGCCCCAAGUGCAACGCGGCCUUUGGGGCCAACGACUUCCACAGGAUCUACAUCGGCUGAGCCCUCUCAGAGCCCCUGCUGGUGCUGAGCCAGCCUCCCUCUCUCCCUCUCAGCUUCUGCUGCCUCAGCUGCAGCAUCUCGUGCAAGGAGCCUUCAGGGUCUCAAGAGAAACCUGGAUCUCUGGAUCUGCUUCUUUUCUUGGCCCUGUCCCUUUGGUCUUGCCCUCAGUUUUUGUGUGCUCUUUGUGCCUCAGAGGAAAUUUCGCAACCCUUGCUUUCACACUGCCAAGGUGGGAACAUGCAGCUGAAGUGCUGCCUUGGUGGGAUGAAAGCUGAGCUGCAGCAGAAAUUAGAGCUUUAUUUGAGGGCUCUGCUUUGGCUGAUGAUUAAGUCUAUCAAGAAAUGGCACUGCUUCUGAGAGGGAAGAGUUUCCCAGUUAACAGGCUCAAUAGAGACCAAGGAAAUUAAUCUGUAGACUCAGCGGAGCAAUUCCUUAGGUACCUCUGUACGUUCCUUAGUCAGGGCAAGAACCCUUGAGGGCUGGUGCACUAGGAAACCCUAGCCCCAAACAAACGCAUCUAAAUAUCCACAAGAGGAGAAAGCAGAGAUCUUGGAGACCCUUAGGAAAUAGCAUUCCACUGACAAGCCCUGGUUGAUGUGCUCACCUUCACCUAGGCUGAAGCAUCAGUGCUGUCAUUGUCCUUCUCGGCAAAGGACUUCUAGUGGUUCAUUUGCUGCAGCUUUACCACAAAGAUUAACCUUGUUAUGUACAAAUUCUUAUUAAAGCUGUUGUUUGGUUUAUUUUUCUGGU